AGGUUUCAACACAUCACUAAACAAAUCACAACACGGUAAUGUCACCCGUCAGCACAGCUGUUUAGUCCCAGACGAAAUACGAUAGAAACAGCGAAGUGAAUGGUGAAAAGACCGCGAAAACAAUACUUUGAUUGUGUCAAAACAUCAGAUAAAAGCGAAGGCAUCAACAGAUAGUCAUAAUUUACCAUGGAUGCACCCAGAUCAAAAUACGAGAGGACACCGGAAGAUGUAGCCUCAAUGUUGACUUAUGCGAAAUUGGAAGCUCCAAAGUUAACGCCGAUCACACAAACCCUUUACUAUCCGGAUAGUGACAUAAACAUGGGUGAUUAUAAACUGCUGGAGCUUAACGAGGAGGUUUUAACACAAAUUCAACAGGGGCAAACACUUUCGUUCAAAGGAGGUUUAUCGGAGAAGAUAGUUUUGUGCACCGACAACCGAACGUAUGACGUUAAGGAAGCUGAAAUAUCUAACAGCCUGCUGCUGAUACCGAAUCUGAAGAUGGCACAGCAAACUUCCACUUCACCGCUAAAAAGCCCGAGGAAUAAUAUGAGCAAUAAAUCGUUGGACAGUAGCGUGGAAGAGGAAGACAUUGGAUCGGGUAACACUAGAGUGUUGGAGCGACGUCCGGUGCUGAAAAUUUUCCAUGAAUACUUUGAGUGUCGUGAGAUUAAACCGAGAUUCCGGAAGAUGAACGAUCUGCUGCAAUUGACGAGAUAUUUCGGACCAGAAAACGAAUACUGCAUCGAUAAGAGCUUGUUAUUUACCUACCAACAGUUGCUCGAUACCAUUCAAUGUAGUCGUGCGGAAUUCGCGAACGGAUUGAAAGAGUACAGGGUCAUCGAAGUGGAUGGACGAAUGAGAAUUUUGGAUUAUGAGUACGAAUAUCGAAUAUUGUCUCUGAUGCUGGCGUUGAUUUCGGAAAACUCGUGGAAACUAGAUGAAAUCGAUCGCGACGAAACGGUUAGCGCAUUGAACGGCAUUGCACCGGAUUGUAUAAUCGAAGGACUAUUUGAUUCGUAUGCAACAAAAGCGUCAGAAAAUCCGGACAAAUAUCAGUACCAAGAGGACAUGGUCUGUCACAUUAUAGCGCAAUACAUCCUUCAACAGGGAUCCAAAUUCCAUGUUGGAGACUUUAUGACGUCGUGGCAGGAAGCCUUACCGGAAGGGAUGAUUGCGAAUGAAAAAUAUCUGCGAGGCAUUGGCAUAAUUGAUAAAGGCUCGAAUCAGCCGUGUGUACGUGCACUGAGCGAAAUAAAUCUGUCGACCAAGUUGAUGGAUCGCUUGAAAGUGUUGUUCAAGGCAAAAGAACGUUGGACAUUAGAGGAAAUUGAACCCUACAUUGAAUACUUUGCAACGCCUCAAUUGUCGGUAUCGACAUUAAUGUCUAAAUAUGCGCGAGCAAUUACAGAUAACGGCAUUCGGUUCUAUGUUGGAAAGCAUGGCUAAAUAAACGGAAAAGAUUUGUAAA